AUGCAAACCCUCUAUAACGCUCUAAUUCGCACUCAUCACAUCACCUCCCGCAAAAAAGUAGCCGCCCUCAAACGCGCUGCAGACACACACCAAUGCGCCGUCCUCCUGCGCUCCGGUGGAUGUCCAGGGAUCAUGUACGUGGAGGGCGGGAAGGAGCCGGUGGAGAGCUGGAUAGAUGUUGUGCGUCGAUUACGAUAUAAGGAUUUUCAGUUGGUUACGAGGCCGGGGGUUGUGGAGGAGGAGGAGUUGGAUGGACGUGGGAAACAGGGGACUGGGAACCGGAAUGGGGAGAAGGGAGACGGGAAAGAGUUGGGUCUCGCAGUGGGACUAGAUGAGGUGGAGAGUGUCAAGGAGUUUGGGGCCAUUAUGGCGAAAAGGGGGGUGUGGAAUUGGUGGAGGAGGGGGAUGGGGUAUGCUUGA